GGCCCGGCCCGCGGGGCUAGACCCGAGCUUGCCGCACCUAGCGAACCCUGGACCAAGCUUCUGGGAGCGCUGACGCAGAAGGCUGGGAAGGCGAGAAGCAGUGGGCUCCACGCCGGGCAUGGACCAGCAGAGACUGGACUCCUACCAGUGGGGAGCUAGCCGUGACUUCAAUGAGCACGUCCUACAUAAGACCAUCCUGGUGGGUGACAGUGGCGUGGGGAAGACAUCUCUGCUGGUUCAGUUCGACCAGGGCAAGUUCAUCCCGGGCUCCUUCUCGGCCACCAUGGGCAUCGGAUUCACAAACAAGGUGGUGACCGUGGAUGGUGUGAGGGUGAAGCUGCAGAUCUGGGAUACAGCCGGGCAGGAGCGAUUCCGCAGCGUCACCCAUGCUUAUUACCGAGAUGCCCAGGCCUUGCUCCUGCUCUACGACAUCACCAACAAGUCUUCUUUCGACAACAUCCGGGCCUGGCUCACUGAGAUUCAUGAGUAUGCCCAGAGGGAUGUAGUGAUCAUGCUGCUGGGCAACAAGGCGGAUGUGAGCAGCGAAAGGGUGAUCCGUUCGGAGGAUGGAGAGAUACUGGCCAGGGAGUACGGAGUUCCCUUCAUGGAGACCAGCGCCAAGACGGGCAUGAAUGUGGAGUUAGCCUUUCUGGCCAUUGCCAAGGAGCUGAAGUCCAGAGCCUUGUGGCAGCCCGAUGGGCCUCAUUUCCAGAUCCGAGACUUUGUGGAGUCCCAGAAGAAACAGCCCAGCUGCUGCUCCUUCUUAUGAAGCCCAGGGUGCUGAAAGGAGGCUCCAGAGGCCACUGCGGAUGCAGGCUUCUCCCCCAGAUCUGGUUUAUUCUGAGCGGAUGGAAGUUGGGGGACCCAGGGCAGAGCCCCUUCCCAAGAGAGAGCUGUACUCCCACCCUUACCCUCGUUCUUGUAGCUUCCCUGCAUCCUGGGGGAGGGUAAAGUAUUUAUUUCAUUUUAAUGAUACAUAAUGUAAUACAAAAAAGGACGGGUGGGGACCAGAAAACCAAAAGAGGGACCUGGUUGUGUUUCUGCCUUCUGGUACCAGGACUUGCGGAGCCAAGGCUCCCUCCUCGCCUUGACAAGUGUGGUAUUCUCCAGCUCAGCACCAGAGGGCAGUGAUGCACUUCUGCAGCGGGAGGGCAGGAGGCGACCCCCAAGCCACCCUCACCUCAGCUGGAGAGGUGAAGCAGACCCCAGCUUUACUUCCUCCAGCUCCCAGGGAACAGACGUCCCCAGUAAGAUGGGCCCUUGUGCUGCGAGCCAGACCAAGGCUCAGGGAAGUGACCAAGCUCUGUGGGUAGGGGAGAGAGGAGUAGCACAAACUAGGUCUAUGUUUGGCGGCCUCUGGCCUUACUAGCCCCCCUGUGGGAGGUGUACCCCUUUUUCUCCAGCCUGCAGACUGAAAACAUUUGGCUCCUGUUCUCUGGACCUCAGGUCCCAGGGGAACCCUCCCCCCCUCCCCCCACCCCCAAAUCCCUGGUCUUCUCUACCUUUUUGCUUGUGCCCCUAGACAACGUCAUGGCCAAGGAAAGGUUUUUCUUCUGUCCCAACACUUUGGCAGAUAUGCAGCCCCACAGGCUACUUCAAGCAGCUACAGUGUUUCUGCUGAGUUAAGAAUCAGAUAAGGAGGAACCUUCGACUCCUGGAGCAGGUGGGAGGCAGAACUAAGCAAACCUCACCCCACACAUAUUCCCCCAAACCCAAGCACUGCCUCUUCCUGACCACCCAUGCCUUUUCCCUUUAGACAGACACCACCCCGGCCAAAACUGCUCUAUGUCCCCUCCCACUGAGCCAGGUUAGAGAGUGAGAGGUCACCCAUUUCUGGGUAAACCAACACAGUGUGUGUAAAACAAAGUCAUGAGGGUAAGACUGGGGUAAGGAGAAAGGCAGCAAGGAGUUUAUGUGGGGCCAAGGUCACCUGUCUCACAAAACCCUGACUCUGGAAAUUGGAGGUGAACAGGAGACGUGUGUGUCAUGACCUAGAGGAGAGUAAGAAGUACACACAGCACAUUUCUAAGGCUACUGCAUUUGCUUUCAAGGCAGAAAUCUUGCUCUCUGAGCAGAGUCAGCAGCUCCAACUUGGGACUGAUAAGGAAGCUCUCUGAGGCUUCUCCCAGGAGGAGAAGGGAGGCCUGACCUUGCUGGGCUCUUCUGGGGCCCAAGGCAGGUCGCAGGCAAUCCAGUCACAUGGGCUGCUCUGGGCCUCUAGCAUUUGUGUUUUCAGAAUUAAACUGCAGAAUUGGGAAAGUACACCCUGUCCACUGCUUCUUUGAGGUGCUCAUGGAGAGGGGACAGGGGAGAUCACAUUGAUUGUUAUUGCAUGUUGGGGGAGCUGUCAUUGACUGCCCAAAUCAUUUGAUCUUCAUCCUUCAAUGCCCCCAACUGCUCACCUCACCCUUGAAAGACCCUUCCCCAACUUCUGUGAUCAGCCUUUCAUCUGCAAGGAGCUGAAAGGUUUGUCUUAACGUCCCAUUCGGACGUUUUUUUUUCCUAUUGAAAAAAGCCGGGGCUCCUUUCCCUCCGCCCUGUACUCAGAGAUUGGUUAUCUGA